UUGAGGCGUCCCGUUUCAGCUCCUUCGCUUUCAGUCACAAUGCUGUGGAGAGGGUGAAUGGGUGGGGGGCAUUUAAGAGAGCAGUAGGUGGGAGUGGAGUCUGACCGCAGAGGGUCUACUGUUUAAGAGAACGGGAACUCACUCCCUCCCUCCCUCUCUCUCACUCUCUCACUCUGCCGCUCUCCGUCUCUCUCUUCUCACUGGCUGCACAACAUCAGCCGGCUCUCUAGGUAGACUCGAGUAAACACUAAGAGAACAGAGGGAAGAGAGAAGAUGUCAGAGCUGUCAGCGUUCUGAGAGAUACACACCGGUGAGAACGUUUGUCGGGGCAGGCUGAUAAGGAGGUCUUCAACGCCUGCUUCUGCUUACAUUUUCUAAUCAGUGGAGGAGCCGUGAGCAUUGCGCCCGUGAGACAAAAACACCUAUUUGAACCCUGAAUAGUCUGCACGAAGCUGCUACUUCCUCAGUGUCAGGGGUCGUCAUGGGGAUGAAAGGCUUCAUCUUUGGCUGCGUGACCGUGGCCCUGCUCCUCGAGCUGUCCAACGCCGGCCUGGUCAAGAAGGUCAUCCGCCACCGUAGGGAUGCUCUGGCGCCUAUGAAAACCCAUGAGAACCUCACCCUGCCCCAACCGGACCAGCCAGUGGUGUUCAACCACGUUUACAACAUCAACGUCCCCACCACGUCCCUCUGCUCCGUGGACCUUGAAUCUCCCAGCGAAUCCGAGCUCAAACACAAGGGUGCCCCGAUUGACAUGCAGAACACCGAGCACAUGGAGCACACGGUGGACGGCGAAAAUCAGAUCGUCUUCACCCACCGCAUCAAUAUCCCCAAGCAGGCGUGCGGCUGCAACAACCAGCUGCCGGACAUCAAGGAUAUCCUGAACAGGCUGGAGAUGCUGGAGUCAGAGCUGUCUAGUCUGAGAGAGCAGUGCAGCAGUGGGACGGGCUGCUGUGGAGCUCAGAUUACGGGUGAAGUGUCCAGAAAGCCCUACUGUAAUGGCCGUGGGAAUUGGAGCACCGACACUUGCAGCUGCGUAUGUGAACCUGGAUGGAAGGGCCCCAACUGUACCGAACCAGAAUGCCCCAAUGACUGCCAGGACCAGGGCCGCUGUGUGGAUGGCAAAUGUGAGUGCUUUGAGGGCUUCGGAGGUGACGACUGCAGUAUUGAGCUCUGUCUGCUGGACUGCGGUGACUAUGGGCACUGUGUCGAAGGGUCCUGUCUCUGCGAGGACGGCUUCAUCGGUGAGGACUGCGCCCAGACCAACUGCCUCCAUAACUGCCUGGGACGUGGACGAUGCGUAGAAGACGAGUGUGUUUGCGACGAGCCAUGGACAGGCUUUGACUGCUCCGAACUCAUCUGUCCGAAUGACUGUUAUGACCGCGGACGCUGCAUCAAUGGAACCUGCUACUGCGAAGAUAGCUACACUGGCGAAGACUGCAGUGAGCUCACUUGCUCUGGCAACUGUAACAACCGUGGCAUAUGUGUGAAUGGCCAGUGUGUGUGCCAGACCGGCUACAGUGGAGAGGAUUGCUCGAAGCUCACCUGUCCCAAGAACUGCAACGAGAGAGGCCAUUGCUUUAACGGGAAGUGCAUCUGUGAUCCAGGAUUUGAGGGUGAAGAUUGCUCAAUCCUCUCAUGCCCUGACAACUGCAACAACAGGGGCCAGUGCAUUGAUGGAGAAUGUGUAUGUAAUGUAGGAUACCAAGGCGAAGACUGUAGCGAGCUCUCUUGCCCUAACAAUUGCCAAGACCAUGGCCGCUGCGUCAACGGAGAGUGCAUGUGUGACAGAGGCUACGCCGGGGAGGAGUGCAGCAUCAAGACCUGUCCAAAAGCCUGCAUGGGCCGCGGAGAGUGCGUGGAAGGCAAAUGCAUGUGCUUCGUUGGCUUCACUGGUAAAGAAUGUGGCAAGCUGACCUGCCCUAAUGACUGCCUGGACCGCGGUCACUGUGUGAACGGACAAUGUGUUUGUCAUAAGGGUUUCACUGGUGAGGACUGCAGUGAGAAGACGUGUCCCAAGAACUGUCUUGAUCGAGGUUACUGUGUAGAUGGCAACUGUGAGUGUUAUGAAGGUUUCACCGGGCCGGACUGCUCCAUACUGACUUGUCCAAAUGACUGCCAGAACCAGGGACACUGUGAGAAUGGAGUAUGUGUUUGCAACGAGGGCUUCAUUGGAGAGGACUGCUCUGAAGUCUCGCCACCCAAGGACCUGACAGUGGUGGAGGUCACCCCAGAGACGGUGGACCUGUCCUGGGAGAAUGAGAUGCAUGUGACCGAGUACCUGAUCACCCACGUCCCAACGGCCCCUGGAGGUCUUGAGCUGGAAGCUCGAGUGCCCGGGGACCAGAAGAUGACCACUAUUCGGGAGCUUGAGCCUGGCAUAGAGUACCUGAUCAGUGUCUAUGCUGUGCUCAACAACAAGAGGAGUCUUCCUGUCAGCGCUCGGGUGGCUACACAUCUGCCUGAGCCUGAGGGGCUUAAGUUCAAGUCAGUGAGGGAGACAUCAGUGGAGGUGCAGUGGGACCCGUUGGACGUUGCCUUUGAUGGCUGGAACCUCAUCUUCAGAAACACAAAAGAAGAAGAUGGUGAGAUUCUUAACUCCCUCGGACGUCCAGAGACCACCUUUGAGCAAUCGGGCCUGGGCCCCGGCCAGGAGUACGAGGUCAAGCUGGAGGUGGUGAAGAACAACAAGCGUGGACCGCCUGCCUCCCAGAACGUCGUCACAAUGAUCGAUGCCCCCAGCCAGGUGGACGUACGCGACGUGACGGACACCACGGCACUGGUGACCUGGUCCCAGCCCGUGGCUGAGGUGGACGGGGUCAGCGUCUCCUACGGGCCCAGCUCCAACCCCACUGAUCGCACCGUGGUGGAGCUCUCCUCCACCGACGCCCAGUACCACCUGGGAGGCCUCACCCCCGACACCCAGUACGAGGUGUCCCUGUCGGCUCGGAGGGGAGAGCGGACCAGCAUUCCUGUCCACGAGUCUUUCCUCACAGACCUGGACGCCCCCAGAGACCUGCAGACAGUGGAGCUGACGGACGAGAGUAUCACUCUCGAGUGGAAGAACAGCCAAGCACCGGUGGAAAACUACCGCAUCAAGUACGGACCUCUGUCUGGUGGUGAGCACGGAGAGCUGCUCUUCCCCCCGGGACCCAAGGAGACCACCCAGGCCAAGAUCACCGGCCUGAGACCUGGCACCGAGUACGGGAUGGGUGUGACCGCGGUGACGGACGAGCGGGAGAGUCUGCCGACGACCACCAACGCAGUGACCGCCCUGGACGCUCCCAAGGACCUGACCGUGGCAGAGGUGACGGAGACCACCAUGAUGCUGGAGUGGAAACGCCCCGUGGCCAAACUGGACUCCUUCAGACUGGUUUAUGUGUCCGCCGACGGCCACAGGGCUGAGGACGUGGUCCCAGGUAGCUCUGAGUCCCACAUCCUGAGGGGCCUUACACCCGGCAUGCUGUACACCAUCAGUAUCAUCGGCGAAAGGGGCCGCAGGACCAGCGCACCCACCACCAUCUCAGCACCCACAGAGGAGGAGAAGCCUGUGGUGACCAACGUCACCGUCAGCGACGUAUCGUGGGACAGCUUCCUCCUGUCCUGGUCUGCUGAGGACGGGGCGUUCGAGGCCUUUCUGAUCGAGGUUACCGAUGCAGAGACGGGCGCCGAGUGGCAAAACCACACGGUGCCCGCCGAUGCUCGCAGCCUCGCCAUCUCUGGCCUGUCCUCCAUCACCUGGUACAGGGCCAAUCUGUACGGGGUGUACAGGGGGGCACUCUUAGACCCUGUCUUUGCAGACACCAUCACAGAGGCCGAACCAGAGGUGAAGGCUCUCCUAGUCUCCGAUGUCGCCACUGAAAGCUUUAGGCUGGCCUGGACGGCUGAAGAGGACGCCUUCGACACCUUUGUCGUGAUGGUCAGCGAGGCCGAGGGCCCGGGCCAGCCGAGCGAGCUGGUGCUGGGCGGCGAGGAGCGCAGCUCGGCCAUCACAGAUCUCACCGAGGACACCGAGUACAGAGUUGAAAUCUUUGGGCUCGUUUUGGGGAGACGCUCCAAGUCUUUAGAGGAGGGGGUGAGAACAGACCUGGGCUCGCCCAAGGGCAUCCGCUUCUCCGACGUCACCGACACGUCCGCCACAGUCCACUGGGUGGUUCCAAAGGCUCGGGUGGACAACAACAGGGUGACUUAUGUGCCUGCUCAUGGAGGUAAUGCUAAGACGCUGACAGUGGACGGCUCUGAGUCUCAGACUGUGCUGCCCAACCUGACCCCCGGGGUCACCUAUGAGGUCACUGUCGUCGCUAUCAAGGGUCAAAAGGAGAGUGAGCCUGGAUCAGACAGCGUCACCACAGCUCUGGAUAAGCCCCGUGGUCUAACUGCAAUCAACAUCACAGACACCGAAGCUCUGCUGCUCUGGCAGCCCGCCAUCGCAAUCGUAGACGGCUACGUCAUCACCUAUAGUGCAGACUCAGUGGCUCCAGUGAUGGAGCGUGUGUCGGGAAACGUGGUGGAGUUUGACAUGAGUUCUCUGACACCGGCCACACACUACACUGUGAAGGUGUACGCUGUGAGGGACAUGGCCAAGAGUGCGGCCACUACGACCGAGUUUACCACUGAUGUGGACGCCCCUCAGGACCUGGCAGCCAGUAACAUCCAGACAGAGAACGGCAUGCUGACCUGGAAGCCACCUCGCGCUGACAUCACGGGUUACAUCCUCAGCUUCGAGGCUGCAGACGGCACCAUCCGUGAGGUGGUCCUGAGUCCCACUGCUGUCUCCUACACCAUGGCUCAGCUCAGCACCUCAACAGAGUAUUCAGUAAAGCUGCAGGCCAUUGCUGGUCCAAAGAGAAGCAGAGUCAUCACUACUGUCUUCACCACCACUGGCGUACUGUACCGAUUCCCCAGGGACUGCUCUCAGGCCCUACUGAACGGCGACACCACAUCAGACCUGUAUACCAUCUAUCUGGGUGGAGAUGACAGCCAGCCGAUCCAGGUCUACUGCGACAUGAGCACUGAUGGAGGCGGAUGGAUUGUUUUCCUCAGACGACAGAGUGGUAGACUGGAGUUUUUCCGCAACUGGAAGAAUUACACAGCCGGCUUCGGUGACAUGAAUGAUGAAUUCUGGCUGGGUCUUUCCAACCUGCAUAAGAUCACAGCUGGAGGUCAGUACGAGCUGCGAGUGGACCUGAGAGACAAGGGAGAAACAGCCCACGCUCAGUACGACAAGUUCUCUAUCUCUGAACCUCGGUCCCGCUACAAAGUCCACGUGGGAGGAUACAGUGGAACAGCAGGUGACUCUAUGACCUACCACCACGGGCGUCCGUUCUCCACUUACGACCAUGAUAACGACAUCGCUGUCACCAACUGUGCCCUGUCUUAUAAGGGAGCCUUCUGGUAUAAGAACUGCCACCGUGUCAACCUUAUGGGACGAUAUGGAGAUAACAGUCACAGCAAGGGUGUGAACUGGUUCCACUGGAAAGGCCACGAGCACUCGAUCGAGUUCGCUGAGAUGAAGAUCAGGCCGUCCAACUUUAGGAACCUGGAGGGAAGGAGGAAACGGUCAUAGACGAUCCACCGACA